AUGGAAUUAGCUGAUCCAUCGUUUGAUAUACCAAACAGAAUAGAUAUUCUUUUAGGUGCUGUGGUAUAUAGCCAGAUCUUGUUGGAAGGUUUGAUCAGAGGUUCUUCCGGCUCUGUCGUUGCACAUCACACAAGACUCGGUAUGAUCUUAUCUGGUAAAAUACACAGCGAAAACCAAGAAAUCAACCAUGGCGAGACGUGUCUCAAUGUAGUAAACCUACAUUUAGCUCAAUCAAAUGAGAACGAGCUUCUCAAAAAGUUUUGGGAGCUAGAGUCUGAACCAUCCUUUGAUAGGACUAAACACUUAACUCUAGAAGAGAAAAGUUGUGAGGAACUUUUUAUUAAAACUACUAGACGCGAUGAGUCUGAAAAAUGUUUGUUGAGAACACCCGAUCUCAAAACUGAGUAUUCCAAGGUCUUGGAGGAGUACCUCAGUCCGGACCAUGCAGAAGUGGUAAAACCAAGUGAAGUGGUAAAAAAAGGAGUAGUAAGUAUAUCUACCCACCACGCCGUGGUUCGUCAAGAUAAGUCUACAACUAAGGUUCGCAUGGUGGUUGACGCGUCAUGUACCGAUUCUAAUGGAAUAUCACUGAAUAGUGAAUUAAUGGCGGGUCCUACGCUCAAACCAGAAUUGCGACAUUUGAUUAUGCGAUGGCGGUGCUACCCGAUCGCUCUUGUGGCCGACAUUGUUAAAAUGUAUCGGCAGAUAAAGGUAGCUGAUGAAGUCGUAAAUUUUCAACCCCCACUUCUUGCUGUUCGGUGUCUCCAGCAGCUAGUCAACGACGAGGGUUCUGAAUUCCCAUUAGCGGUCUCUAGAGUCCUUAGUCAAUUUUAUAUGGAUGACUUGAUGACCGGCUGUCAUUCCAUAGCUGAAAUUACUACUUUGUUUAAACGUGGAGGAUUUCCACUUCAGAAGUGGUCAAGUAAUAGCAAGGACUUACUGAAGGUAAUAAAAAAUGAGGCUGAUGAUGUAAACCAGAAUUUGGAACUAAAUACCGACGACGUUAUAACGAUUUUCGGUCUGAAAUGGAAUAGAGAAGCUGACGAAUUUCGUUUUACGGUCGAUCUACCUAUUUUGCAAGCUCUUGUAACAAAACGAAAGAUGAUAAUGCUCGUCUCUACGAUCCUUUGGGGUGGAUAG